ACUAUACAAUCGAAAUGGCUACAACUAUCACUUUAGAGAACCUCUCGAGUGUCCUGGCAGAUGACAUCAAAGUCAAAGUAGCCGGUAUUGACUGCGAUGGCAUCCUCCGGGGCAAGGUGAUGGCCAAGGAGAAAUUCCUGGGCAUCGCGCAAAAGGGAUUCGGAUUCAGUUCUGCCGUGUUCGGCUGGGACAUGCAGGAUGUCCUCUAUACUACCGAUGCCAAUAUUGCCCCCAAGGACUCGGGUUAUGUGGACUUUAUCGCAAUCCCAGAUUUGAGCUCCUUCAGAAGGAUCCCCUGGGAAGAUAAUAUCCCGUUCUUUUUGGUACGAUUCAUUCAGAACGGCCAGACUGUUUCUGCAGAUGGCCGGAAUAUGUUGAAGUCGAUAUGUGAUAAGCUUGCGGCAGAGAACUGUCAGGCAAUGGCGGGUGUGGAAUUGGAGUUCAUGAACUUCCAGACCCCUUCACAAGACGGAUACGGCGCCAAUGGCUCCCAGAUUCACGAUAUUGCUGCCUUCCUCGAAAAGAACACCCCUUCCUCUCUGCGCCCUAUAACUGCAGGCAGCUUCUCUUACAGCGCCACGCGACCAGUAGCAUUCAAGAAGUAUUUCUAUGAUAUUUUUAAUACUUCCGCAGAAAUAAAUUGUGGAAUUGAGGGGUGGCAUACGGAGGGAGGGCCAGGUGUAUAUGAAGCAGCCCUCAAAGUAUGCGAUGUACGCGAAAUGGCAGACAGAGUAUCCUUGUUCAAGCUUCUGGCAAAGUCCAUAGGCGUCGAGCAUGGCAUCACACCCUGUUUCAUGGCGAAGCCGAUCCAAGGCCAACCAGGCAGCUCCGGUCACAUCCACAUCUCCCUUUGUGAUCUUGAAGGCAAAAAUCUUUUUGCGCGCGAAACUCCCGACGAAAAUGCCCCCUGGUCUGAUGCAGCUGGACUGUCGGACCUUGGCCGUCAAUUCCUCGCUGGUAUUCUAGAAGCUUUACCAGACAUCAUGCCCCUAUUUGCACCAACCAUCAAUUCGUACAAGCGUCUAGUAGAGAACUUCUGGGCCCCCGUUAAUGUUAGCUGGGGUCUAGAGGACCGGAUGGCCUCGAUCCGUAUUAUCACACCACCGGUAUGCAAGCCUAGCGCGACGCGAUUUGAGGUUCGCAUUCCCGGCGCAGAUUUGCAUCCCCAUUAUGCUCUGAGUGUUAUCCUCGCCGCUGGAUGGCGCGGUGUGCAGAAGAAGCUCGAGAUCAAGGUACCGCCUGUGUCGGCGAUGAAGGUGAACAACACCCGUCCGACGCUGCUGCCGAACACUCUGGAAGAGGCUCUAAAGCGAUUCAACGCGCCUAAUAGCGUGGCGCGAGAAAUUUUGGAUGGGGAGUUUGUGGACUUCUUCACUGCAACCCGCGAGCAUGAACUGCGGGUGUGGAGAGAGGCCGUGACUGAUUGGGAGUUCAAACGGUAUAUUGAGACGGUAUAAACAGGAAUUGGUUGGCAGAAUAGAUUGGAUUAAGUCAUGUAUUGUAAAUAGCAACGUAUAUCCCUAGAAAUUUAUG